AUGGCACCGGUACCAAAAUCAAAGAAGAAUGGAGGAGCACAGAAGGGGGAAAAGAAGCGUGGUCGACCCAAGGGUGCUAAAAACAAAACUACCGUUCUGUCGUCUUUGGCACUGGCUCCAAAAUCAAGCAUUAACGAAGUACAGAAGAAGCGUGGACGGCCCAAAGGAGCAAAAAAUAAGUCUACCGUUCCAUCGUCCAAAAUCGCCAAGGCUAAAAAUAAUGCAAAGAAAAUGCAACCGAAGACGAAGGUCGUCGAGAAACGAGGUCGUCCCAGAACGAAGGCGGGCGGAGAAAAUUCCGUGAAAUUCGUUGACGUUGUUCUUAGGGCCUUCAGAGCUUUAAAUAACAGCAAAGGAUCGUCUCUUCAGGCAAUUAAGAAGUACCUUAAAGAGAAUGAUGGAGUUGAUGUACAGAAGAAGACCAUCUACAUCAACAAGUCUAUCCGAAAAUUGGCUGAAGAUGGAACAAUACGUCACCGAAUAGGAGUUGGGGCCAAAGGGACAUUCAAGCUGAUUGCAUCAUAA